UCACCACAGCGUGUAAACAUUCACACACGGUACAAACCCGCGGUGAAACGCUAAGAGGUUCUGCAGAAGCCCUCUUAUUUUGUUUUAUUCAUCAAUAAACCUGAGCAGGGAGGGAGGCUGCCCGGGUAGUUCCGCUGUAUGUUUACAUGAAUACAAAAAACAAAAAGGAGAAGCUGGUGGACGCUUUCAUUGUGAGGUGGACCGAGGUACAGCAGCUAAAGGGGGGCUCGCCGAACCGCGAUGGCAGCGGCGACUGUUGUGGAGGCCGAUGCGGCGACAAGCGACGACGGAGCGGGUUUCUCCGACGUGCACAGCCGGGGAUGGGAUGAGUCCCAGCUCCGAAAAUACUCGUUCCCAACCAAGCCCAUUCCCCGGCUGUCUUCCACGGAUCCCAGAGCGGAGACGCUCAUGAACAACGAGGAACCGGUGGUUUUAACGGACACCAACCUCGUAUAUCCAGCGCUGAAGUGGGACAUCCCAUACCUCCUGGAAAACAUUGGAAAUGGAGACUUCUCUGUUUACAGUUCGGAGAACCACAAAUUUCUCUACUAUGAUGAGAAGAAAAUGUGUAACUUUAUGGACUUUGUUCCCAAGUCUCGUCGAGUGGACAUGAAAUUCUCUGAGUUUGUGGAUACCAUGCAAAAACGAGAAGAAGAGGGAGGAGAGGAUAGAGUCUAUUUGCAGCAAACCCUGAAUGACACAGUAGGAAAGAAGAUUGUUGUUGAUUUUCUUGGUUUCAACUGGAACUGGAUCAAUAGACAGCAAGCCGCGCUGAACUGGGGACCGCUGACGUCCAACUUGCUGCUGGUUGGCAUGGAGGGCAAUGUGACACCAGCACAUUAUGACGAACAGCAGAACUUCUUUGCACAGAUAAAAGGCCAUAAAAGAUGCAUCCUCUUCCCCCCAGACCAGUUUGAGUGUCUCUAUCCUUACCCUGUCCAUCAUCCGUGUGACAGACAGAGCCAAGUUGAUUUUGAUAACCCUGACUAUGAGAAGUUUCCAAAUUUUAAAAACCUUGUUGGCUAUGAAGCUGUUGUGGGACCUGGAGAUGUUCUCUACAUCCCUAUGUAUUGGUGGCAUCACAUCGAGUCAUUGUUGAACGGCGGAGUCACUGUCACAGUUAACUUCUGGUACAAAGGAGCUCCAACACCAAAGAAGAUAGAGUACCCUCUGCGAGCUCAUCAAAAAGUUGCUAUCAUGAGGAAUAUUGAGAAAAUGCUUGGAGAAGCACUUGGAGAUCCCCAUGAGGUCGGGCCGUUACUAAAAUCAAUGAUCAAAGGGCGAUAUGACCAGGGCCUCAGUUAGAGCUCCAACGUUGUAACUGCUGAAUGGACUGCUCCACAAACUGUUUGCAUGUGAAGUGUGUGUCUGUGUGUUUUUUUUUUUUUUUUUUAGUGUGCAUUCUGUCAUUGGAGCUAAGUGACAGUGCGUGGCCGUAAUCAGCCAUAAUGAAAUAAUUCAGUUUCGGUCUCAGAACACCGUGAUCAUAACAACUGCGCCGAGUAAAGGAAGAAAAAUGAAUCAAACCAUUGGGAUUUCAUCCAACUUGAAGAUGGUUGUUUUGCUGUUGGAGAGAAGAAAUGAGGACACUUCCUUGAAUCAGUGUUUCCUUAAGUCUUACAAUUUCUGCUUUUGGCCUUAAGUUUUAAUAUUUGUAUCUGCGAGGAAACAGACUUUAGAGAACAUAUAAAGAGAUACCUUCUCUAUAAGGAAUAAACAGUUGCAGCUCAAUAUUAAGUUCUUAUAGCAAAACAACUUUAGAAAUGAGCGUUCUAAGAUAAUUUAUCUAUAUUAGGUAAUUUCGUACUAAUGUGCAGUCAUUUAUUAGCAAGACUGGCCAUGAUUUCAAAGUAUCAAAAUCAGUUGCUAUAUGAUGAUGAUAAAUGGCUGAGAAAGAGAGGAUGCCUCGGAAAGUAAUACUUUUUAUAAAUGCUUUUGGUUGUCUUUAAUUUGUAUCUUAAGUGCUUCAUUGGAUUUGCAGCCAAGAAAUCCAGUAAGAGGAUUGCUGAAAAUAAAUGUUGCAACUUUAGUUGCUAGUACUAGUUUCUCUUAAAUGGUAAUUACACCAAGUUAAAAGGUACAAAUAAUAAUUAUAUUCUACCAGUUGACUGAACUUGUGAGACCAAGUGCUGGCAUGAAGCUUUGUAAAAGCAAAUGUUGCGAAGCUUAAAGCGCCAUCUACUGGUCAGAUUUGAAAUAGCUUGUUAAGCUGUCCCAUUUUUUUAGAAUAGGAAACUAGAAAUGUAAUCAGUAAGCAAUAUUUAGGCUCCAUUAUUGUAAUCUUGAAGUUAUCAAUGAUCUGACAUACACUUGUUUUGACCUUUUUUUCACAGCCUGUGUAAAGGUAAAGGCUAGUCAGCCUUUAACUUACUCUAAAUGUUUCUUUUAUGGUCUCUAGGACAGGUCGAUACAAGAGUUUCUUUGCUUCUAAUGUUUCUGAGAAGUUUUUUGAUGCUUCAGAUCCGAGUGAAACAAGAAGCAUAAUAUUGUGUGGCGUGCCAAACAAAUUGAGCUCCAUGUUCAGAAAGUUGGUUGACACAGAUUUUCUUGUUAACUGAUGGUGUGCAUAUGUAUAUUUUACUAAUUGCACUCCAUUAAAUGGUUUUAAUUCAUGUGUAAAAAAUGAUCUGGGUGGGUUUUUUUAUGUGAAUUGUUUACUGAAUGCAUUUGCCUGAUACAUGGCAAAAAAAAAGAAGGUGAUGUUAAACUUUUCUAUUAUGGUGAAUGUGUUUGUUUUCACUUUGGCAUUAAAAGGUGUAAAUUUGAAAUUGUUACCGUUUUAUUUUAUGUCAAGUCUAUUCAAUGAUUCAGUUUUCAAUAUAAAAUACUUUUCUUUAA